AUGGUAGGAAACAGAACACACAGUAGCAAGAGGUUGUCUCUCUUUAGCUUCUUUACGCCACGAGGAUCUCACGUCAGAGUGGAAGCAGACGCCUCUUGGGAUGACUCCGUUUACACUCGCAAAGCACUGGCUAGUGACGAAGACAAACGUUAUUGUGUAACUUGUGUUGCUGAACCAGGUAUCGACCGUAAGGCUUCUGCCUUUAUCGCCAAGUUCCAUGCAACUCGUGUCUCUGAGUCUGAGCGCCAAACUCUCUCUCCUUACCAAUCCGAGAAGGCAUCAUGA